AGGGGUUGGUGAUAUUUGGAGACAUUAGAACUGUGCGUUUUAGUUAUCGAAUAGAGCUAUUUUUUUUCCCCUUUCCAGAAGAUUGAAGGCAUUAAACUUCCACGCGAGUUGAGGGCCAAAAUUUAAUCUGAGGGGAUACAAACCCAGGUAAAGGGAAAAAAAAGUUUGAGCUUGAAGUCUAUUCUUUUUGUAAUCAUGAAGAGCGGAAUGUGAACGUCAUGCGUAUUCAUGAGGUACAUACUUUCUACACUAUUUAUAUAGAGAUCAUGAAAGUAACAACCAAACAUUGAUAGAAAUUUCAGAAAAUAUAUGUAAUGUUGAAAUUAUGGGUGGUCAAGAUAAAUUGAAUUGAAAAAACAUAGCCUGACAUGUGUUGUCGGUAUUUAAGGUACCUAAUGGUAGUAUUACAUCAAAAAAAAAAAAAAAGCAAUGGCCCAACGUGCACGACGAGAACGAGAGAGAAAUCUAAAGCAAGGCCAUUCUUAUCCAUCGGGACAACGGUCUCAACUCUCAAGUAGAGCGAACCAACGAAUGUCUUCAACUGAUACCACAAGCAAAUUCUCCUUCUUUGACACCAGUCGUCGUCCUCUCAACUCCUUUAGACAAGGAUCAAUUGCCACCCAAUCUAUAGAGAAGCGACAAAGGGUUGCACAAACUUCCACAUCUCAGCCCCUCAUGCCAAGCACAUCUUCCACCACACACGCGAAUCUGCCUAAUAUUACCAACCGAGUGAAACUAUGUUGUGAAGAUGAAUUAGAAGUGCCUAUGAAUUUCGAGGGACCUAGUAGAGCUCACAUAAUUUCAGGGAGGCAUAAUCUUGGCAAUAUGGAUAUUCAAUGUCUUCAUUGUAAAGCCCUACAUUGGAUGAAUGAAAGAUUGGCAAAAUCUUCUAUAAGUCAUCCAUUAUUCGGCACUUGCUGUUUCAAAGGAAAGAUAAGGCUACCUACACUUAUUACACCCCCUCCACCAAUUCGAGCAUUGUAUGAUUAGGAUGAUGACUGAUCAAUAUCAUUCCGAAAGCAUGCUCAGGAGUAUAAUGCAACCAAUACUUUCACAAGUCUUGAAGCUACAUCGGAUCUGUGAGUGCUUACUGGAAGGGGUCCUACAUCUUUCACUAUCCAUGGGGAAUUGGAACAUCAUGCAGGUUCACUGCUACCACUACAGGAAAAGGAAGCAUCAUAUGCUCAACUGUAUAUUUAUGAUCCUGCUCCAGCUUUGGAAGCCCGCAGUCGUAGAAACUAGCAUUUGAGAAAGGAUGUAUUACAAACUAUCCAAUAAACUUUAUUGCAAGUUAAUACAUUUGGAAAUUUCUGUAAAACUUGAAUAUUUUUUGCACCUCGAUUUGU